UGGCCAGGCAAUGAGACGCAAUACACAUUUCUUCAUGGAAUACUUUACUUUGGAUCUUAUAAUGGACAGUAAGGUGUUCUCUUUCAGGAGAUAUGACCGAUAUGUGAAGAUGUGCCUGAAUAAAGUUUCAGAAUUGAUGCACAAUUCUACCAAUCACCAAAACUUGGACAGUACAAGCGUUUCUAUUAACUUUCAGGAGAUAAUUGAUAUGGAUGAUCGAACAUAUGAAGCUAUUGUAGGAAGAGACUUUGUCAUUACUAGAGUUGCAUUUCGAGACAACUCUUCAAAGUACUACAUAAAUGAAUGUGGAAGUAAUUUUAUAGAGGUCACUGAUCAAUUGAAAGGAAAAGGAGUGGACUUGGACAACAAUCGGUUUUUUAUUCUUCAGGGUGAAGUCGAGCAAAUUUCUCUAAUGAAGCCAAAGGCCCAAGGGCCUUACGAUGAAGGGUUUCUUGAGUAUCUUGAGGAUAUCAUUGGAACUAACCAAUAUGUUGAAAAGAUCAAAGAAUCCAAUGAGUAA